UCAUCUCAUACAUGUACUACUCAAAAAAUGAUUCCUUAUUACUAAAGUAAAUACUUUUCGGAAGGUGUUUCUUUUGAGCAUUGGAUCUGAAAUUUUUAAAUACAAAAUAUAUAUACAUGCUUGGCAUUAUCUCUCAAUUGGGAUAAAAUAAACAUUGUCAACAAACAAUAACGUAUUUGAUUAAUAACAGUCUAUUGAAUAUGAAUCAUAAUUUGCUUCAUCUGUUGCAUUGCUUGAAAACAUAUUUAAUCAUUCCUCACAUCUGUUGAACUGUCUGUGUAUAUAAACCUUUUUAAACAGCUAUAGGUAUUUUCUUUUUUUGAAAUGGUAAGUUCAACAUUUUAUUAAAAUAAGAUUUAAGGUCGUUAGACAAUAUAUUCAAAUUAAACCUUUUCUGCAAGUUUACGGUUACAUUCUUAACAGAUCAUGUUCACGCAUCUUGCAAUUGGUGUCAAAUUCAAGAAAAGUGAAAAUAAAAUCAAUAACGUUUUAUGUUUUUAUUAUUAUUUAUAUUGAUUUUGGAAUUUUGCAUUUUCCAGAAGUUCUUUGGAUUAUUUGCUCUUUUGGUGGCAGUAAUUUCAUUUGAUUAUGUAUUCGGGGAAAAGUACAAGAUUGUACCACCGGGAAACACCAGGAUUACAUGGGAGCAGGCUAGAAAAAAUUGCCAAACCAUGGGACAUGGAUGGGACCUUUUGAAAAUACAAUCAAGAGCUGAAGACCUAAUCAUAAAGGAAAUGCUGAAGUGCGAGUUACGUGAAAGAGGUGAUGGUUGGUUCUUCGGGGGCAUUAGCAAGAACGGAAUGUGGUCUUAUGCUGAUGGAGAUUCUAUGAAAUACCAAGCCUUUGGGGCGAUGCCUUUGAGAGACACAAUGGUUGCCGCCAGAACCUUUGUUUUGUACGGAGCGAUUUUCCAAUCAAACUUAGCUUGGGGCUAUCUCUAUCCAUAUAGCAACAACAUUAUGGGGUAUAUAUGUGAGGCCCAGUACUGUUGAUUUUUAGAAAAGUACUUUGUGGAAUGAUAACAAAAUUAAACAUU